AUGUUAAGUACUACAAUGAUUUUGAGCAGAUCAAAACCCGCUUUGCCAUCUACCAAUGAUUCCGCAAAUUCUAAGCGAAGUGCCCCUCUCAAGAACAUAUCUCAGAUUGAGGAUUACUUGAAGAAAAGGGAUUACACUGGAGCUAUUACCUUGCUGGAAUUUAAACAACACAAUGAUCAACUUGACAACGUGGAACUAUGGGUAGCUUACUGCUCGUUUCACAGAGGCGAUUAUAAGAAGGCCUUACAGAUAUAUCAACAAUUGUUUAAGAAAAAUCCAGAGUCGGAUAACUUAACUGUAAACGUAGCAUGCUGCUAUUUCUAUUUAGGUAUGUACGAGGAGUCUAAGGAAUUUUUACAGAAAUCGCCAACAAGCAGGCUUAAAACGAGGCUGAACUUUCAUUUAUCACACAAAUUAAGGGACGAAGGCGCGUUAAUGGAAUAUCACCAACAACUCCAAGAUGUUCUAGAGGAUCAGCUGAGCUUGGCUGCUAUCCACUAUUUGCGGGCCCACUACCAAGAAGCUAUCGAUAUCUAUAAACGUUUGUUAUUACAAAACCGGGAAAAUCUAGCGUUAAACGUUUAUGUAGCCCUCUGCUAUUACAAAUUAGAUUAUUACGACGUGUCCCAAGAGGUUUUAGGGUUGUAUCUAAACCGUUAUCCAGAUUCCGUGAUCGCAACCAAUUUAAAGGCGUGUAAUACGUUCCGUUUAUACAACGGGGCAGUUGCGGAGAACGAGUUGAGAUCUAUCAUCGAUCAGAGCGCUAAUGCCGGCUUUGGAUACGAUUUGGUCAAACACAACUUAGUUGUUUUUCAGGACGGUGAAGGCUCGAUGCAGGUUUUUCCAUCUUUGGUCGAUGUCGUACCGGAAGCGAGACUAAACUUGGUGAUCCACUACCUUAAAAACAAUGAUACGAAAGAAGCGUACGAGCUGUUAAAAGAUCUACAACCGGCCGUCCCUCAGGAGUACAUCUUGAAAGGCGUUGUCAAUGCAGCGUUGGGUCAAGAUUUAAAUUCGCCCGAACACAUUAAAAACGCCGAAGAAUGUUUUCAUUUAGUCGGAAGUUCUACCAGCGAAUGCGACACGAUACACGGGAGACAGUGUAUGGCUGCGGCGUUCUUUCUCGCUGGGCAAUUCGAGGAGGUCUUGGUGUAUUUGACUUCAAUUAAAAGUUAUCUACAUUCAGACGACACCUUCAACUUCAAUUUUGCCCAGGCCAAAACGGCCUGCAACCAGUUCAAGGAAGCUGAAGAGACUUUCCUGCUAAUACAGGACGCCCACAUAAAGAAUGACUACAUAUACGUGUCGAAUCUGGCGCGGUGCUACGUCAUGAACAAGAAACCGCAGCAGGCAUGGGAGUUGUACCUGAAGAUGGACAACGGCGCCGAGAGCUUCAACCUGCUCCUCCUCAUAGCAAACGACUGCUACAGGAUGGGCGAAUUUUGGUAUGCUGCCAAGGCGUUCGAUACCUUGGACAGGCUGGAACCCAACCCCGAGUUCUGGGAGGGGAAGAGGGGGGCCAUCGUCGGCGUUUUUCAGGGAGUGAUCGCGAAGAAAUUCCCCGUGGACACGCUAGGCGAUGUGCUGCAGCUGCUGAGGAGCAGCACAUCGAACCAGGCCGACCAAAUAGCGAAGGUAAUAAGAAAAUGGGCCAAAGAACAAAGACUAAGCAUAUCGUAGUCGAACAAUGGGCAUUGCACGAUCCACCACCACUCCACAAACGAGAUAACGCACACUACAACAACGAAAGCUUAUCAUUUCCUGAAACUUUAUCGUAAUUAUGUUAUUAGUAACGUUGGAUCUAAUCUGAUUCCUUGAAUUGUAUUCUGUGCAAUAAACCUUGAAGUAGAGAGUAAAUAUAUUUUGGAGUUA